AAUAAAGUUUGAGAAGAAUUGAAGUAGAAAUUAAAUGUAGACAUUAGCUAAUAAAUGAUUGAUUGAAUAGAAGUGGAGAUAUUGAUAUUAUAAAUUUGAUGCAUUCUAUAUAAAUUUUGUAUAUGUUGAUUAAGAAUAAAUAAACGAUAAUAAAUUUGUUUUUAUGGAUUGUUAGAUGAUAACAUCAUUAAAACAUAAAAUAUUUGGAAGAAAUGAUUUAAUUAAAUAAAUUAUGAUAUUUUUGAGCUUAUCAGUCUUGAUAGUAUUAUCAAAAGCAUCAACUAGUGCAAUAGUAUCAAUUCCUUAAGAUAUAUGUAUUUGUGAGAAUAUUGUUUCUUAAUUGGAUUGUACUUUAGCAAAUAGAUGUUGGUGGGAUUUCAAAACAUCAGUUUGUCAAUAGUAAACAUGUGGAACAAUUUCAGAUUAAUAUAGUUGUGCAAUAGAUUCUUAAUGCUAUUGGAAUGGAACAUCAUGCACAGAUUUCUCACAAAGGGAUUGUUCAAAAAUUCCUAUAAAUCCAUCAGUAUUUAAGAGUUGUACAGAAGCCAACAUCUUUUGUUAUAACAAUAUUACUGUUCCAUCAUCGCCAAUAUGUUCUAAAAGACCAGGAUUAACUUAAAAUUGCUCUUUAUUAAAUGCUACUGAAUGUUAUACUAACAGUUUAGCUUGUAGAUGGCAAUCAAGUACUGGUGGAGGUGGAGCAUGUUAACCAAUUUCUUGCCCUAAUUUAAAAACUUAAGAUGAUUGUCUUUAUUAUGCUCUAGAUACUACCUAUACUAAGUUAUAAUUAUGUAUUUGGCAAAAUGAAAAUUGUAUACCAGCUAACACUUAGUAAGUUUCUUCAUAUUCAUAUAAUGAUUGUUUUCUAAAUACAUUAGGAACUUAUACAUUUAGUUCUAAUGAUGUGAAUGAUGAAGGAAAUUUUAUAGGAUAUUGUAAAAGCUGUUUUGAAUUUAUUUUAUCGAGUUUAAUGGUAUUAGGUGCCUUCAUCAUAUGAUUUAGAU